UGCAGCAGCCACUGUAUGCAAAUAGGCCAAACUUGAGUUCCGUAUCUAAUCUACCUACCCCAAUGUGCUGUUUUAGCACGACAACAGUAGAUGAUUGAUUAGGUUUUGAAUGGACGCCUGCGUGGAAGCACCAUUGAUUGCUUUUGGGGCUGAAGUGUUGCUUGCAUUACUAAAACUAUUUUUCACGGAAGUGACUUUUGCCAAACCAAAAAGCAGUCGCAAUUCAAGCAUAGAGGCAUUUGCAGUUUGUGAGAACUAUUCACCUCCUGAAGGAUUCAAUGAGAAAGAUUUGCAUCGCCUCCUUGAAAAAGUUGGAAGUCCAUCUGGUGCAGAAGAUCUAGAUUGCAGUAGUGGAUGGUUGGAAGGGGUCAACAAGGUUUAUAUCCCAUUUCUGGCUUGUGGGGACCUCAGUGGCUAUGACUCGGAUCGUUCAUAUCCACUUCCUAGAACUGCCGAUGGAACUUAUCAGAGCUUGGAUCCUGUACAGCCCCCCAUCGCUCCCCCUUAUAAGAGAGCUCUUGAAAUGAAGAAAGCUUCCAGUCAGGGAAUUCGAGAUCUUGAGAAGCUCUCGCUUGAUUCUUGA